GAGGCGGGAGAUUUACGACGGGCACGCUUACAUCACUUGAUACACUCUUGAUAUAUGGACACACCUACCAUUUACUGGACCGGUCCCCGAUCUUGCUGAUUAAACGUAAUCCGAGAACCCCUGUUAUCUUAAACGCCAGAACUCUGAGCUGAAUUCCUUUAUCUAUCCGGCUUUAGAUACCCGCCACUCUCCGGCGGAGCCCCACGUAGGUACUACGUAGUUGUCUGAGUCGGACUGCUUUACGGCUACCAUAAUGUGGAUCUGUCACCGUCACCGAGAUUGCGCUGGUGCCAGAGGUAUAAAUUGAGCGGACCCCGGGAAAAUUCAUCCAGAAACAGAACCGGAACACAUCUCGCAUCAUGGUGGAGCAGGGUAAAGUAGAUUCCACGAAAGACUUCCAUCCGGCGCCAGUUUGGCUCGAUGAGGCCUACCUGGAACCUAUCUUGAGAGUCCAGAAAAAGGACCCUGGACUGAGGAUCACGGAGCUGGAGAUCAAACCGGCAACCGCCAAGGGCGACAACUACGCAAGUGUAAUGACCCGUGUGAAGGUUCUAUAUUUAAAUGCCGGAGCCAAGACACCCGAAGUGGGGUACUACAUUGUGAAAACCACCUACGAGAACGAUCCGUUCGCUUCGGAGAUUUUCUCCGGCUACCAAGUCAGCACCACCGAGAUGCUCAUGUACGACAAGAUCCUGCCCCAGCUGAGUGCCCUUAUUGAGGAAACCCGCCAGCCGGAGCAAGUCUUUGCCAAGACACUGCACGUGGACUACGAGCAUGACGCCAUUAUCUUCGAAGACCUGGCUAUUACCAAGCACGUCCUGGCCGAUCGCCUGGCAGGACUCGACUUGGAGCACGCCAGGCUCAGUCUGCGCAAGUUGGCAAAGAUGCACGCAGCGUCUGCCGCUCUGAACGAACGCCAGCCCGGUCUUCUCACCAAGCUGGAUCAUGGCAUUUUUAACCGCCACACCAAAGGCUUCGCCCCUUUCUUCGAGAACUUGGUCGGUGUGGCAGCUGAUUUUGCUGCAGAAACUCCAGAGCUAGGUGAGAACUAUGCCCGGAAGCUGAGGGCUCUGCGGGAGAAAGUAAUGGAGUAUACGACCCGAGUCUAUGAUCCCCAGCCGGAGGGGUUCAACACCCUGGUGCACGGUGACUUCUGGGUGAACAACAUGAUGCUAGUGUACGGGGAGAAGAAGGAACCCCUGGACCUAAAACUGAUCGAUUUCCAGUUCUGCAGCUGGUCCCCUCCGGCGGUGGAUCUGCACUACUUUUUCAAUACGUCGCUGCAAAGGGAAGUGCGUUUCGAGCAGCAGGAUGCCCUGAUUCAGUAUUACCACACGGUACUCGUGGAGACUCUCAAGGAUCUUAAAUUUGGAGGCUACACUCCCACUCUGAGGGACUUCGUGUUGCAGCUGGAGAAGGGAAAGUUCUUUGCCGUGACUGCCUCAUUGACCUGCGCCGCUAUAUUGACGAAUGGUGAGACCACUGAUGCAGAUUUCCAUGCCCUGAUGAAGGAGGAUGAACGGGGCCGACGGUUCCGAAAGCUGUUGUACAACAACAAGUCGCUACGGGAGAAUCUAAAAUACUUGUUGCCACGUUUCGAUCGAAGCGGCCUGCUGGAAGUUACCGACUGACAGGACAGAUGCUGGAUCUCGCAAAUUGUUAUCUUGUUUUAGAAUAUUUUAAAGAAAUUGUAAAUAAAAAAGACACCAAAAAUA